AUGUCUACCACCGAGGGGUACAAGUCGGGUCUUCCUGCGAAGAACGGCUAUGAACCGACACCAGUUGAGGAGCUCAAGCCUUCCGCGAGCAUGCAGCUCGUCCAGAAAGCAGACGACCUCCCUUCCAAGGUUGACUUCAGCCAAGAGAUGUCUCCAAUAAAAAAUCAGAAUCAUCUCCCCUCUUGUGUCGCAUUUGGUCUCCUCUCUGCCCUCGAUCUAGUUCCUCAGACCAUCGGCCUGACUGAUGUUCACUCCGAGGCGUUUACUUGGUACUGGGCGCAAAAGCUCCAGGGCAAAACACCGAGCAUCAACUCGGGAACCACUAUUUCCAAAGCACUGGGAGCCUUGCUUGAGUACGGCAGUUGCUGGGAAUCCAAGUAUCCGUACCCAGGUAGCAGCCUCCCACCUCCCCCCGAGAAUGCGCAGGCUCAGGCCUACGAGAUGAGGGUGCGUUCUUAUUCGUACCUCGGCGACCCCACGGACAUGAAUGCGGUCAAGACGCUCCUGGCGGCCGGAGUUCCUGUCGUGAUUGGAUUUCCCAUGUAUGGGAAGCCCGACUACUGGGAGAAGUGGAUCUACAAUGCCGACUCCACGAGCACAGGCUACGUGAACCUGCCACCGGAUGACCCCCCACCAGCCCGUACCGACGGCCAUGUAGUGACCUUGGUCGGAUACGACGACAAUGUGACACAUUACGAUGUUGCGAAUAGCCGUACUGUCAAGGGAUACUUCAAGUUCAAGAAUUCCUGGGGUGCGGACAAGGGAGACAAGGGUUGGUACUACCUCCCAUACGAAUUCUUCAGGAAUGUGGACACCGCACUGGUCUUCGAAACCCAGCAGACUCUUCUUCCCAACCCGCUCAAAAAGGUCGAGAGCGCAAUCCGGACGACGACGUCGGAACGCUCGAAACUGAUUGCGAGCCACUUUGAUUGGAUUGGUGAGCCUGGCGGGGAGUGA